CCACCUAAAUAACCAAUCUAUAAAAGAAAAAGCCCACAAAGCCAAUUACACAGAGAAUCCUAAAAACUCACACUUUCUCUCUCUAGAAAAAAAAACACUCACUUUCUCUCUCUAAAAAUCAAUGGCGUCGCCACGUGAGGAGAACGUGUACAUGGCAAAGCUGGCCGAGCAAGCCGAACGCUACGAGGAAAUGGUAGAAUUUAUGGAGAAAGUCGUCGCCGCCGCAUACGGCGGAGAGGAGUUAACCGUGGAAGAACGAAACCUCCUCUCCGUCGCAUACAAAAACGUGAUCGGAGCACGACGAGCAUCGUGGAGGAUAAUAUCAUCAAUUGAGCAGAAAGAGGAAAGUCGUGGUAACGAAGAACAUGUUGUUUCGAUUAAGGAGUAUAGAUCUAAGAUUGAAUCUGAACUUACAUCGAUCUGUAAUGGCAUUUUGAAAUUGCUUGAUUCUAAGCUUAUUGGGUCCGCUGCUACGGGGGAUUCGAAGGUGUUUUACUUGAAAAUGAAAGGUGAUUAUCAUCGUUAUUUGGCUGAGUUUAAAACUGGCGCUGAAAGGAAAGAAGCUGCUGAGAAUACCCUCUCUGCUUACAAAUCUGCUCAGGAUAUUGCAAAUGCUGAGCUUGCACCUACACAUCCAAUCCGAUUGGGACUUGCUCUCAAUUUCUCUGUAUUUUACUACGAGAUUUUGAAUUCUCCUGAUCGUGCUUGUAACCUCGCCAAACAGGCCUUUGAUGAGGCAAUUGCGGAGCUGGACACAUUGGGCGAAGAAUCCUACAAGGACAGCACUCUGAUCAUGCAGCUUCUUCGCGAUAACCUCACUUUAUGGACCUCCGAUAUGCAGGAUGAUGGAACCGACGAGAUCAAAGAAGCAGCACCGAAACCAGAUAAUGAAUGAGAAGGCAGUAAAAACUGGUGAAAUUUCUUUUAGGAUUGAAAUAUGCCAUGUUGUAACUUCGUUAUUUGUCUGGGCUCGGCUCUUUGUUAGUGCUAGAUCUUGUGAUUUGUAAUACCUAAAAAUCAACCCUUUCUUGUUAUUUCUUGUUUUCGUUUGUUUCUCUGUGGAUUUCUCUUGUAUUUGGAUUAUUUCCUUUUUCUCAAAGGAAUGACUUAUGGGAAGUUGGAUCUAUCUUUUAAUCCAUAAAUUUGAAAGCUUUUCCAUUUCAUAUUA